AUGGUGAGGAUACGAGAAGGCAGAGAGUUUUACGAUGAUUUGUACGAAACACCAGAUGAAGAUUAUGAUGAUGAAGAAGAUGAAUUGAAGAAAUUGACCUUUCCUGAUCAAAUGGUCGGAAGAUCGAAAGAACUUGAACAGCUGCAUCAACUAUACGAGAAAUUUUGUGGAGAGAAGAAGAGGGAAUCAGAAAAGCUUCCACUUCUUAUGAUAUCUGGUUGGUCAGGGGCAGGAAAGUCGGCGUUGGUCUCUGGUUUUCGCAAAGAGCUGGAACACAAGCAACUGAAACGAAAGCCACUUUUUCUAUAUGGGAAGUAUGACCAAAAUUUACCUGGUCAGGAAUCUUCUACGCUUGCUGCUAUCCUGGAAGCGUUCGUAAUUUUUUCCAAAAACCUCGAACAAGAAGAAGACCUGGAAGAAAAGACGAGUAUCCUAGCAUCCCUGAGGGCUGGAAUGCAUGACGACAUUGAAACCAUUGAGCCGCUACUACCUCGCUUGGCGAAACUUCUGAGAGAAGACACCGACCCCGCAUCAGUGCCAUGUGCUGGAUUCACAUGGGACCGCUUGCAGUAUCUUUUCAAAUCGUUGUUUAGAUCUCUUUGCAGUGGAGGGCGCCCAUUAAUUUUGUAUUUGGAUGACUUGCAGUGGGCUGAUCAGAACUCAUUAGAACUGAUCGAAAUCCUGCUGAAGGACCAAAGCCUCAAAAACUUUAUGAUACUCUCAUGCGUCCGAUCCAGUUCAAUAGCAGACGGUGGACUCAACAAAUGGCUUUCGCUACUAGAUGAGGACAGAAUAGAAAAGAUGGAGCUCAAGAGCUUAUCUUUGGAAGAAACUGGCCUUUUCAUUUCAGAGACUCUGGAGCUGAAGCCAGAAGAAACGUCAUCGCUUACAAUGGCGGUCUAUAACAAGACGAGAGGAAAUAUAUUCUCAACGAUACAGGCACUGGAGGAGUUGUAUCGGAAAGAGAUUAUUCAAUUCUCUGUGAUUUCAUUUAAUUGGGAAUGGAACGUCAAGGCCGUUGAACGACUGCAAGCACUUCUCUCUGAUGACGUGCUCGAAGCUCUGAUUUCUAAAGUUGAAACAUUGCCACAGCGGUUGCAAAUGAUUCUCGCCAUUGCUGCCUACACUCGAUACGUAUUUGAGAUUGACAUGCUCGAAUAUAUCAUCCGUUGCGACGAGUGUUGCAAAGUCGAUUCUCGAGACGAACUCACAGCGCUGCUCAAAAAGGCUGUUUUGGAAGGAGCCCUUACCCAGUCAGUUGGAAGCCCACGGUAUCGAUUUACUCAUGACAAAAUUCGACAGGCAUUGCAAUCUGUCGUUUCAUCUAAGUAUCCACAGCUGAUACCGACCAUUGGAAAACUACUUUAUGAGUUUGCAAAAGAGAAGAGAGGAAGUGACUGGAUGUAUUUUGCAGCUUCAAAUUAUAUCCAUCCGUCUGCUGAAUCGGAAGAUCCCGCCUUUCUUGCAGAACUGUUCUUGGAGAGUGGCCAGAGAGCAGUUCGUCUCGCUGCUUUUGCUCCAGCAAGCAAGUUUCUGAAACAAGGACUAGAGGCAUUGGGACGAAUGGAGACACCCUGGGUUACUUCCUACCAUUUGACGCUGAACCUUCACAACUUACUAGCUGAUACUGAAUUCAACCUUGGUAACUUAGAUUCCGGCAAGGAAAUCUGCGAUAUCAUUGUCGAGAAUGCUUCAAGCUUACUGGAUAAGCUGCAUGCCUAUCAUUCUUAUGUCAUGGCGUUAGCAAAGAAUUUGGAGUUGGAGAAAAGCAAGCAGGUCGUCUGUCAUGUUCUCGAGCUACUGGGCGAGCGCCCAACGCGACUGAAAGGAGCUGCUCGCUUUUUGAAACUUCGCAAAGUAAAGACAUAUUUCAAGAAACAUUCGAAUGAAGACUUGUUGAAUCUUCCAGCAAUGACCGACGAAAGAUUGGUUUGGUCAAUGAAAUUAUACAUGAAUCUUGCAACGCGUGCAUUUCAAACGAAUGACAAGAACUUCAGCCUUCAGCUAUCUCUAAAGAUGAUUAUGUUGACUGAAGCAAAUGGGCUUUGUGGCGCAUCAGCGCUGGGAUACGCUUUGUAUGCAAGACAUCUCAAGGAAUCCGGGGACUAUGUACAUGCCAUGCGAUUUGCGGAGUUGGCAAAGGAGGUGUGCAAACGUUUUUCAGCGAACCGAAUUGUCAGCUACUUUGUCAUUGAAUACAUUGAUUGCUGGUGUCUCAAUCCUGCAUCAUGCUUGACCGCAUUGCAACACAACCAUAGGAUAGCGCUUUCGAAAGGAGAAGUCGAGGCGGCGUUUCUUCUCUCCUUUGCGGGAAACAAGUUGGCUUUUGAUCUAGGAUACCCCCUUCGAGCUGUCGAAAGGAGAGCAACAGAGAUUCUGGAUGAAGCAAAAUUGAACCAAAUGGCACUGUAUGCGGAUCGGGUGAAAUAUAACCGUGCUGUUGUGAGAUACCUCCUUGGAUUUGAGUCGCUACCAUUGGACUGGGAUAGCAUCGGAGGAGGCGACAUUGACUUUGACAACGAAUACUUGCUCAUGCCUUUCUACUAUAGCAGGUUGCAAAUUGGCUUUUAUUUUGGAAAUCUUGAGUUCGCUGAACGGAUGGCAACUCGCCUGGAUACAGUGCUUGUGGCUGACAAUGGGUUUACUGUCAUGUCGAACGCUCUAUUCUUCCCGGGCCUUGUUUUCUCUGGACUGGCGAGGCAGACAGGGAAACGCAAAUUUAUUGCACGUGCUAGGAUCUACCGUGACAAGAUGGAGACUUUGUUGAAAGCUGGUGCUGUGAACACGAAGAACAAGCUUCUCUUAAUGGAUGCAGAUAUCUUUGCAUGUUCAUCAAGGGCAAGUACACGUUCAAUACAAGCAAAGUACGACGAGGCCAUUUCUGUAGCAAUGAAAUCAGGUCUGACUCAUAUGGUUGCACUUGGAAGCGAACUUGCCGGUGAAUUCUUCUUGUCGAACAGACAGGAUGAAGAAGUGGCCCGAGAUUACUUCUCGCGGGCUGUAGAGGGAUACAGAUUAUGGGGCGCCAGGGCCAAAGUGGAAGAUCUGAACAAUCGCCAUGGAGAACUCAUCAGCCAUGCACAGGCAUCGGAGGCCAAGAGUACACUGACAUCAUCAUCAGAGUUGCAGAUGUGCGACAAUUCAAAAGAUCUGGAGCUGAUAUCAGUUCAUACAUCGCUCAACGAACUGCCAGGCUAA